AUUAGCUUUAUAGGACGACGGAAGAGUUAGGCUCCCGUCAGUAGGGCUUCUGUAAAGUUCUCGAUUUACAUUAACUAAAAUACAGCCAAAUAAGCUCCUGUCAGCGAUUUUGUGUUGUCAGUACGUAUUCCACAAGAUAAGCUAUGUCAACCCCGGCCAGAAGAAGACUUAUGAGAGAUUUUAAACGUCUACAAGAGGAUCCUCCAGCUGGUGUCAGUGGUGCUCCAUCUGAAAACAACAUCAUGGUGUGGAAUGCAGUCAUAUUUGGCCCUGAAGGAACUCCCUUUGAGGAUGGUACAUUUAAACUCAUUGUAGAAUUCACAGAAGAAUAUCCCAACAAACCCCCUACAGUGCGAUUUGUGUCAAAGAUGUUUCAUCCAAAUGUCUAUGCAGAUGGCAGUAUAUGUCUAGACAUUCUACAGAAUCGUUGGAGUCCCACUUAUGAUGUGUCCUCUAUUCUUACAUCUAUCCAGUCCCUGCUUGAUGAGCCAAACCCCAACAGUCCAGCCAACAGUCAGGCAGCUCAGCUGUACCAGGAGAACAAACGGGAGUACGAGAAACGGGUCUCUGCUAUCGUAGAACAAAGCUGGAGAGACAGUUGACCUGACACUCAUCAUCGCUUCUCUCUCUCUCCAUUGUUAAGCUGUGUGUGCUGCAAGUUUUAGUGGAAUACCUCUUAGUUUUUUGCCCCCCACCCCCUUUUAAUUUUAAGCUUUUAUGCACUUUACCCUCAACUUUCCAUCAUAGAACAUCCUGUUCCUGCCUGCCAGGAGGGCCUUUUUUUUUUUUUUUUUUUUUUUUUUUCUUUUUUCUAGUCUCGCCCCCUUUUUAAGUUCAUCAGGGGAAAUGUGCUGAAUCUUGCCUUGAUGUUAUGUCACUAUGGACUUGAGGGCCAUUACUUAAAAACCCUGGUGUGUUCUAACUUGCUGUAAUAACUCCAUGACUGUGUUUAGUGUCUCAAGAGUGCAUUAAGUCAUGGGUCCUUUUCUGUUGUGAGCCUGAUUUGUGUGUUUUUCACAAGGCAGUUGGAUGAUGAGCAGCCCGAGCAUCACGGACUACAACUAAAUUACCUUUACAUCGUGUCCUUGCUGUGUUGUGAACUGUUACAUGCAUGACUGAGUGUAUUCACUUUCCCAUUCAGUUUUCGUGUAUAUAAGAAACCUGCAACUGAUAUUAUGUACAGAUUUUGCACUGGUUGUCCCCCAUGUCACC